AGGAGGAGGGAGAGGAGAGGGUUGAUUCCUCUCCAGCAGCACUGAGCUGUCCAAAUCACAGAAAUAGACACAACUGGAGGGGGUAUGGAGACAGAUCCAUCAUUUUAUCAGCUUCCUGAAGCUUAAAAGACACAAGGCAAUGUCCAUCAACAGGCCUUUCUGGUGAAGAAAUGGAUAUAGUCAGAAUGUGAAGCCCUGGUUUUUGCUCAGUGGCCUCCUGGAUGAUCUGUGUGGGUGAUGGAUGCACAAUCUACAUAUGGAACUCUUUCUAAGAGCCGCCUGGAUCAUGCUGCCAUAGAAUAGCACUCCAAUGCUGCUCUGGCACACAGUCUGAGCUAAAGAACCUACCCAUCCCACUCUGGAUGGAGGUCUGAGUGAGGCUUGGUCACAACCAUGCAGAGGUUGAGUGAGCGAAGGGUCACUGGAAACCAGAGUCACUUUCCAGCUGAGCAAAACUCAUCCUCUAUGCCUGACACCAUUCUCAGGAUUAUCCUCAUCAUUUCCCUCCUUUGUCUUUCUUUAUUUGGGAACAUAAUGCUCCUGGUGGUUUUUCAUCGAAAGCCUCAGCUGCUCCAGGUAGCAAACCGCUUUAUCUUCAACCUGCUAGUAGCUGAUCUUCUGCAGACAGUCUUGGUGAUGCCUUGUGUCAUCGUUACCUCCCUCCCUGAUAUCUGGCCCUUGGAUAAUGGUCUCUGUGGGGCAGUGGUGGUGCUGAUGCAUUUAUUUGCAUUUGCAGGAGUAAACACUAUCACUGUUGUCUCUGUGGACAAAUACCUGGCCAUAAUCCAUCCAUUGUCUUAUCCCACCAAGAUGACCCCAAAGAGAGGAAGCCUUCUGAUAUUUUGCACUUGGAUUUUCAGUGUCCUCCAAAGCACCCCUCCUCUUUAUGGCUGGGGGAAGGUGGAAUUCGAUUUACAGAGUCACUACUGUAAAGUGUUGUGGGCUUCAAGUUACUCCUACACCAUGAUCAGUGCUCUGUUUUCCUUUAUCUUGCCAGUAAGCAUUAUGUUGGCAUGCUAUGGAAUGGUUUUCAGAGCUGCCAGGAGGCAAAAUGCAUUAGUGCACCCAGUCCAGGCAAAUGGAUGUGACAAGUCUGAAAGCUCUAGAUCCACUGCACUAAACGCACUUGACAAAACAACUCACCACCGACCUCUCUACCACUGCAAAGCAGCCAAGGUUAUCUUUGCAAUCCUGUCAUCCUACAUCAUAAGCAUGGGUCCCUACAGUAUACUCAGCAUUGUCGCCUCCAGUGCCAAUUCAUACAUUCCAAGAUGGGUAACCUCAUUAGUUCUGGUUCUAUUCUUCCUUCAGUGUUGCAUCCAUCCUUAUAUAUAUGGUUAUAUGCAUAAAAGCUUGAAAAAAGAAUUCCUUUUGCUCCUACAUGGGUUUUUCUGCAAGCAGGUGCAUCCACAAAACACCAUAGUAGACAGUUAUAUUAUCCUAACAGAUGGCAGGAUCUUUCCAUCACACUUUUCUGCUGGUCCUACAGUCAAAUUUCUGGAGGAGGAGACUACAAUUUCUGUCAUUACUGGAAAGAGUAUGAACAAUCUAAAACUUAAAGACAGUAAAAAAGAAACUAGCUCAGUCAAUCUGACCCCAGAAAGGAAGCCAAGCCAACAAAAAAGGGUUUCUGAUAUACCACAACAUAUUAAAUGUUAGUGUACUACAUAUAAUGCGCAGGUUUCCAUGUCUGAUUUUAAAGGGAUCCUGUCAUCGGAAAACAUGUUUUUUUCAAAACACAUCAGUUAAUAGUGCUGCUCCAGCA